AUGUGUCGCUGUAGGGCGGAGCUUGUUACCGUGAAUGAGAGAGCAGAGCUAGGGGUCUUCAGGGGGAGCUUACUCGGAGACUCCCACAGAGUGGAGUCCUUUCUCGGAGAGGGAGGUUUUGGUGUCGUUGCCAAGUGUCGUAACACCAUUACCGACAAGUAUGUGGCCAUCAAGGUCAACAAAAAUGAUCCUGAUAUAUUUCGCCAGGCUAGAAAGGAAAUAGCCGUGCUGAAGAAACUGCGGAGUCUGGAUCCAGAGACGUGCAACAUCGUGAGGUGGCACGGAUUUUUCUUCAACAAGUACAACAUCUGCCUGAACUUUGAGCUCAUGGAUCUUUUGCAUUACUUCAUCAGGGAUGGAGAAGACCGGUGGCUCUCCAUGACAGAGGUGAGAGCUGUUAUAUCUCAGAUGGCCUCAGCCCUUUCCCACCUGGGCUCCCUGGGAAUUGUCCAUGGGGACAUCAAGCCGGACAACAUCAUGGUUGUAGACCGCCACAAGAAGCCACUCCAGGUCAAGCUGAUCGACUUUGGUCUAGCGUGUCCAGUAUCAGCCUGUGAGCCUGGUAUGUGUGUGCAGACCAUCUGUUACAGGGCACCAGAAGUCUCCCUGCAUGGUCCCUUUAAUGAGGCCAUCGACAUAUGGUCUCUUGGUCUAACAGCUGCAGAGAUGAUUACAGGAUGCCCUCUCUACCCCGGUGAAAUGGACUAUGAUGUGCUGAGCUACAUCAUUGAAACUCAGGGCCAUCCAGAAGACGAUGUGCUGGAACAGGGGAUGGCUACUGAGCAUUUCUUUAAUUAUCAAAGCGACUGCCCAAGGCACUGGAGCUUUAAAGGACCAGAGGAGUAUAAGUAUGACACAGGGGACACACCUUCAGAUAUGAGAUACAUCCACUUUAGAAGUUUAGAUGAUCUUGAGGAGCUGAUGGAGCAGCAAAGAGGACCACACAGUGAUCACCGUCUGUUGGUGGACCUGAUCAAAAGGAUGUUGCCUUGGGACCAAAAGCAGCGCAUCAAACCCCUGGAGGUACUGCAGCAUCCAUUCCUGACUGAAAGCCCCCCUCAGAACUCCUGUUCUGAUGUCAUCAUUGAUAUGAUGGACCCUGAAGACGUCAUGUAUGAAGACAGUCAGGAGCUCUCUGGGAAUCAAACAGCAGGACCAGAGGACCAACAAAGCAGGUUCCAGAGAAGAACCACCUCCCUGACUGCAGAAACCGUGGUCACAAUGAUAGAAGAAGAGGAGAUCCAGCCUGAGAGAAGAGCUGAGAACGUGGGCUGGUUCAGACGGGUCGUCAAUUGGAUCACAGAGAAGUUCCGGUUCAGCCCCCCUCAGAGCUCCUGUGCUGCUGACGUCAGCAUAGAUAUGACGAACGCUGAAGAGGCCAUGUCUGAAGACAGUCAGGAGCUCUCUUGGAAACACACAGCAGGACCAGAGAACCAACAUAGCAGGAUCCAGAGAAGAACUGCAGUGAGGACACAAGCAGUGAAGAUGGGGAGAUGCAGCCUGAGAGAAGAGUUAAUAAGUUGA